CCCACUAAAUUUGUCUUCUAGUGCAAUCCAACACAGGCCUCCCUCCUUAAGUAUAUAGCGGAUACAGUUGAAGCACUCGCCCAAAGAUGACAAAGUUCAUGCUCUCUAGAAAACAACUCAACAAACUUAGUUAGACUUUUUUAGAGGUGAUAAAAUGGAGGUCAUUUAAUCAGUAACCUCCAAAGCUCUUUAAAAUAGACCCCUUCUUUGUCUCCAAAUUUCUCUCUUUCUAACACAAGGCCAAAAAAAAUCUUCUCUUUGCUUUCCUAUUCUUUUUAAAGAUAAAAGGAGAGACAAGGCACAACUAUAUCAACUUUAGGUACCCUUUUAAAAAAAAAAAGAAGUCUCAUGUGAGAGAAUUGCAACAUUUUCUUUUUUCUCUUUUAGAGAGCUUAGAAUAGACAAUAAAGAGAAACAAAGUAAGAUGAUAAAUACCCUCUGUGGAAGCAUGGGGAGUUUGAAGAGUGAGGUGGGGAGUUUAAAGACAGAGAACUCAUGCACCAAAAUGCCACCAACUUCUCCAAACGAAUCAGUGGCGGAUUCCAAGAAGAUAACUCCUCCCUCAUCCAUCGAUUAUGACCAGAAUAGUUGCUUAACACCAUCGAGUCUGAGCUUGCCAGCACUCAAAUUCGAAGUAGACGGUGAUAUCGAAGUCCAAUCCCCCGAUAGUGCAGUAUGGGAGUCUUUUUUCUCUGAUCAAUUGGAUGGAGAUUUCAUGAUAUCAUCGCCGGUGAGGAACAUAUCUUCAACGCAAGCUUCAAAUCAUAACUACAAUUACAACUAUGUCCAGUCCAUGCACGGUCAAAGCCUCUUGGGAUGCUCCCCUCCACGAUCUUCAUCUCUGCUAGGAGCAGCUUUUAGCAGUACCCAAAAAGGGAAGGGACAGAGCCCUCUUCAUAGAGUGUUCAACUCUCCCAAUAAUCAAUAUAUGCAGCUGGAAAGCCUUUCGCUGCCGGGUCUCGAGAGCUUCUUGGAUGAUUUUGAAAGAGACGAUGAUUUGAUUGCGUUUGAUGCAGUGACAACAGUACCGGCGUUGUUGGAUUGCUUGGCAAUGCCAAAUUCUUCAAGGUUUUGCGGAUCAAUGAGCGAAACCUCAGUUCUGGGAGGUUCACAACUGACCCAAGAAUCUGAAAUUUAUCAGCAAGUUGGUUCUGUUUCGACUGCACCAUUAUCGCAACAACUGCAAGAGGAAAGACAGCAAGAGAAGCAACAACAGCAAUCACAACCACCACAGAACAUUAACCAUAGCAUGUUGGUGGCUCCUCCUAUUGGGCCUGAGGAGCAAGAUAGCGGGCUUCAACUGGUGCACCACCUUCUUGCUUGUGCUGAAGCAGUUGCAAAAGAGGACUACAUGUUAGGGAGGAGAUACCUCCACCACCUCAAUCGCGUGGUGACGCCCCUCGGUGACUCCAUGCAACGAGUCGCUUCUUGCUUCACUGAGGCCCUAAGCGCAAGACUUGCUGCAACCCUAGCAACAAAACCUAGCCCCUCCAUCUCAAAACCCUUCACUCCUUUUCCUCCAAACUCACUAGAAAUCCUCAAGAUCUACCAAAUUCUUUACCAAGCCUGCCCCUACAUUAAAUUUGCUCAUUUCACCGCUAAUCAAGCAAUCUUCGAGGCCUUUGAAGCUGAAGAGCGUGUUCACGUCAUCGACCUUGACAUCCUUCAAGGUUACCAAUGGCCUGCUUUCAUGCAAGCCCUAGCUGCCCGACCCGGUGGGGCUCCUUUUCUCCGAAUAACCGGAGUGGGCCCCUCCCCCGAGACUGUGAGGGAGACCGGCAGAUGUCUAACCGAGCUAGCCCACUCUCUCCAUGUCCCCUUUGAGUUCCACCCAGUUGGUGAACAACUCGAAGACCUAAAACCACAUAUGUUCAACAGACGGGUAGGCGAGGCUUUGGCGGUUAAUUCUGUUAACUGCCUCCACCGUCUUCCUCCUGGCAACUGUCUUGGGAACUUGCUGGCAAUGAUUCGUGACCAAGCACCGAACAUAGUAACCAUUGUUGAGCAAGAAGCAAGCCAUAAUGGACCUUACUUCUUAGGCCGAUUCCUUGAGGCAUUGCAUUAUUAUUCAGCGAUUUUUGACUCGUUAGAUGCUACUUUUCCACCAGACUCGGCACAGAGGGCAAAGGUAGAGCAGUACAUAUUUGCACCGGAGAUAAGGAACAUCGUGGCGUGUGAGGGGCCGGAAAGGGUGAUGAGACAUGAGAGGUUGGAGAAGUGGAGGAAGAUAAUGGAAGGUAAAGGGUUUAAGGGUGUGCCACUGAGUGCAAACGCGGUGACUCAGUCGAAAAUAUUAUUAGGUUUGUAUUCAUGUGAUGGGUACAGGUUGACAGAGGACAAGGAUAGCUUGCUCUUGGGGUGGCAAGAUAGAGCUAUCCUUGCUGCUUCUGCAUGGCGAUGCUAGCUUAUCUAUAUAUAUAUAUAUAUAUAUAUUCUUACCUGUAUGUGGCUUUUAAUUUAUUUAAUUUUCGGCUUUUGUUUA